GUGCACAACGCGAGCAACAUGGUGUUUAUCGGGAUCGGUCUGAGGAGUCCUGUCAGAAACGGGUCAGCUUAUUGCGAGUCGCUGCCCGAGUAUGGGAAUCUGUUGGGGAACGACCUCCUGUGCCCGGCUCUGCUCAUCUACCGGUCGUAUGGCAUUCAGUUCACGCAGGCGUCAGUGGUGGGGCUCAUAGCAGGUGCUAGACUCUUUCAUUUCUCACUAGGCCCGUCUCCUCUGCCUGCUGCUGCUGCUGCUACACCUGCCCUUCCCUGCAGGUCGUACGGCAUUCAGUUCACGCAGGCGUCAGUGGUGGGGCGGAUAGACGUGUUCCGCUGCGCAUACACGAAGCUGGACUCGCUCUUUGCCACGGCGCCCUGGGACUUCCAGUACCACCCGGGGGUCAUCCGCAUGGGCAUGAGCGGCAUCGGCGUCAACCUCACCUCCUCAGAGAAUAUCAUCUCCAAUAACGACCUCUUUGGCGCGUGGGAGCUCAUCUACCUCUAUCGCGGCACCAUCGGCGCCACCGUUCGCAACAACUUCCUCCACGACUACCUCUUCUCAGGCUUCAGGUGCAGAGCAGACGUGCAUUUCGCGUGGGACUGUGCGCUGACGACAGUGAAGCACAACUUUGUGUUCUCCCCGCAAAAGAAGAACCUCACAGGCGACUCUGCUGGCAUCUACUUCUGCACGCACUGGUUCAGCCCUGGCAACACGGUGAGCUGCAACUAUGUGUUCGGCGGGGACCACUGCUACUACUUGGACUACUGCACGUCAGGCGUGGCCAUUCAGGGGGGCGUGUGCCUGCAGCUGUGGGACGGCGUGAAGCUCAACAACGGCAAGAGGAACCACAUCCGCAGCCUGCUCAUGGUGGGGCUGGGCCAGAGCCCCGGCUACAUCACGUGCUUCACUGUCACGAUCAACCACUGUCGAAAGGACCCCGGCUCCUAUUGGGAGGCUAUGCGGAAGCUGUAUUAUGACACGCCUGAGAUCAACAAGGAAUGGCCGUGGAUGAAGCACGUGUGUCGGCAGACGCGCAUCGGCGCGUACAGCUGCAACCCGCCCGGGCCCGGCGCGCUCACUGCGCACGACACCGGCGCGUGCAGCGGAAUGGCGACGGAAAACGACGUAGAAUACAUCGUUGUCGAUCCGGACUCUCUCAGGGACGCGGAAUAUCGGUACUGCGAGAAAAACCCUGGCGCGGACUAUUUGAACCGCCAGGUUGUAUUCAGGUACACUGGCGAUGACAUGAAAUUCGCGGAUUAUGCAAAUCAGGAUUUCGGGGUUUCGGAGGGGUCGGUGGUGUUGGCGGAACACCCCGAUUUUGUUUCCUGCCCGAAGAAAGAUAUCGGGAUAAAGGCGGUUUCGGUACAAUCGUACUUCAAGGAUUGGAACAUUCCAGAGCCACCCUUUUUCCAGGCUAUGCUGGACCUGUCCUACAAGAUGGUGUUCAACAGUGAGCUUUUUUAG